AUGGUUGGCUUUCCGGAAGAAAUGAAUGAAUUUCCCAGAAAAGAUUUAAGAAGUUUCGGAGAGGAUAUGAAACAAUUCUCCGAUGUCACAUUGAAAGUAAAAGAGCGGAAAUUCUAUAUUUCGAAGUUGUACCUCUCCUCUCAUUCUCCAUAUUUUGCAACUUUAUUUUUGGGAAGAUUUCAAGAAUCUGAAAAAUCAGAAAUCGAAUUGAAAGAUGUCAAUCCUCAAGACUUCCAAUACUAUCUUGAAGUUCUACAUCUAGAAAAUGGAAUUGAUGAUGAUACUGUCCAAGGAAUUUUAUCAGUGGCUUAUUUGUUCGACACUCCAAUAAUUGUCAAAAAAUGCGAGAAAUUUUUGCUUGAAAAAUCAAAAAAGGGAUUGAAAGAAAAGUUGGAAAUGGCUGGAAAUUAUAGAAUGGAGGGACUGAAAAAACAUUGCCUGGAUGAAAUCAAAUCAAAAGCGGAUAUUCGUUCAGUUAUUCCAGCGGAUCCCAUGGAAAUGGACCCAAAAAAUCUUGCAGAACUUUUCAAAAAAGCACUUGUUUUCAAUUAA